CCCUCUUCUUAUUUUGUCAAAGAAAAUUUUACUGGCACGUGAAAUAAGGCGAACAUAAAAUUAUCAUCACUGAUUCUGAUUCGAGCUAGCAAAAAAUAUCUUUAUGAAUAUAAGUUAUCCAUCGUCAUAUCGCAUGUUUGUGGUUAAAAGUUUGGUCUGCUUUAAAUUUGCUUCUUCGUUAAUACUGUCUGACAAGUUCUUCUGAGAGAAGUCGAAAAAUAUGUUUUUUUUGCCCACUUCUUGUGUCUAAAUGUAGCUAAGGAAAAGAUGUUUCAUUUGCAACUUUCCCAAUGCCCUAAAUCAUUUUGCAUCUUUUUUGCGUUCGAGAAUAUUUUAAACGAUUCAAAAUAAAUUUAAUAAAACUAAAGAAGUUUUCUAGCUCUUUUAAAUCUGCUAUUUCUUGUCGUGCAGUAAAAUUUUCUUUGACAAAAUAAGAAGAGGGAUUUGGCCGAUCGUUGGUAACCUCAUGUCAAGCAGUACAGCAAAAUAUCUUUUUCUUGUGAACACAGAACAUUUACGAGGUCAAUAUUCUCCAUUUUAACUUUCCCAUAAGACAUUUUCUGCGAGUCAUAAAAAUCAAGAAUAAAACAAAUCAGAAUGAUUGAAAGUCAUCAACUUAAAUAAAACCGAUUGAAAAGACAAAGACUAAUACACUAUUUUUGUAAUUAAUAUCCAUUGACAAAAUUUUUUCAAGAAGCAUAAAUGCUGCUUUAGUUUAAGCCUGAUUGCGCACACAUAUGAGAACAGUUCGACAAAGCCGUAGUUUCAGUUUAGAAGGUUUGUCGUUUUGACAAGAAUUUGAUGGUGCAAAGUUAGACAGAUAAAGCUUAAAGACAAAAAUGAAAAAAAAAGUCAUCAUUGAAAUUCUGAGAGAUUCGUUAUUUAUGAGGCAUCCAAGAGGUAGAACUACACUUUUUUUCACUUUCCAGGCAUGUUGUGUCUUCUCAUUCCGAUGGUAUUCAUUCUUGGUAACACUCUGCAUGUGAGCCAAUCAGGCAAAUCGCUUGCUUGGCGUCCGGCAUUGCAUCUCUAUCGCUCCUCGUUUCUCAUUGCUCUUCACAUAACUUUUGUCGCCAUCAACAUUUAUGGUUGGUCACAUUCGGGUGUCAAUCAUGUUCUCAUAUUCGAAAUCGAUCCACGCAAUCAUCUAACCUAUCAACGACUACUCGAAAUAGGCACAUUUCUCUUGGUUCUAUGGUUUGUCAGCUUUACCGCCUUUAUCAUAUCAUCUUAUCAUGACGCUCAACCUUUCGCACAACCAUUGAUAUUUGUCAUCUUUCUUAUUAUUUUAUUAAUCAAUCCUAUUCGAAUAUUCUAUUAUAAAUCUCGAAUUUGGUUUUUAAAAAAUAUCGGUCGAGUUUUCUUGGCACCAUUCUAUCAUGUAGAUUUUACAGGUUUUUGGCUCGGCGAUCAACUCAUAUCACUCGACUUGAUCUUUUUUGAUCUUCAAUAUUUUAUUUGUUUUUACACUUAUGAUGUUCAUUGGAUUCAACCGACUGACAAACAAGGCGUGUUUUGUUCUGGUUGGUCACAAUUUUUCCUUCAAACAGUUUUCAUUGUACUUCCAUCUUGGUUUCGUUUUGCACAGUGUAUACGACGUUAUCGUGACACGAAAGCAAAAUUUCCUCAUUUGGCCAAUGCCGGCAAGUACGCUAGUGGCUUUUUAGUUGCCAUCACAAACGCCGUUCGGCGAGCAACCAUUCUUGAAUAUCAACAGCAACGAACAUCGAACCCUUUUCUUUAUCUAUGGUUUAUUUCAUCAUUGAUCGGUUCAACCUAUAAACUCAUUUGGGACCUUAAAAUGGAUUAUGGUUUUUUUGAUAAGAAUGCAGGUAAAAAUAAAUUUCUACGCGAUCAAAUCAUCUAUUCGUCGAAAGCUUACUAUUAUGCUGCUAUCAUCGAAAAUAUUCUCUUUCGAUUCAUUUGGAUCAUCAAUAUAUUUAUCUAUUUUAAUACAUCUGCGGCUGAAUACGCCGAUAUCAUUGGUUUUGUUUUCGGCAUCAUUGAAGCUUUUCGACGAUUUAUUUGGAAUUAUUUUCGUUUGGAAAACGAACAUUUGAAUAAUUGUGGCGAAUUUCGUGCUGUUCGUGACAUUCCCAUCCAAACAACGGUAACAGUGGCCAGUGGAUAUUCGACACGUUUAGAGAGUAUUGGGUCGCUCUCGAAUCUCGGUGAUGAACAAGAUGCAAAACGACGUCAAUCUAUGAUCAGAGGAGGGACAAUGACAGCGAUGGAAAGAAGUCGAACAUUAACAAUUUUAAAUGAAGCAUUUGACAAUGAGACCAGCGUUUCAAAAAGUUUGACGACAGGAACAAAUAGUAAUCAAGCGCAGAACGUUUCAAAUAAUCUAGAGUCGUCUUCAAAUACUAUAUCAAGUUCUAAUUCUCUGGUAUUAGUCAAUCCAUAUUAUACCCGAACACAGCCUACCUAG